AUGUCUUUAAUAUGGAAGUAUUUCUCACUUCCUGGAAGAGUAGCGUUCUGCAAAAGUUGUAGUUUUUCAAAAAACUACCCGCCACGUGCGCCAACAACAUUUUUAAUCUCACAUUUACGUGGCAGUCAUCCAGAAUUGUAUGAUGAUUUUUUAGCGAAAAGAAAAGCAAAAAUGCCACAGCAACAGACAUUAAAAAGGUUUAAGCUUUUAAUAAUUUUAUUCCAAAUUAAAUAUUUAGAGCAUUUGCGGAAUCAGCAGCAACAACAUCUCAGAUUUCUGAAAAAAGAAGAAUUAGAAGAUGAAAUUGAAGAAAUAACAGCAAAAGAUAGGGAAUUAACUCUGAAAAAAACAAAAGAAUUGGAGAAGAAAUUGAAGGAAUUGAGAGCAAAAAAAGAAAAACAGGGAGAAACAAGUAUUGUUGAAGAAAAUAAUGAGGAAGAAGAAAAAUUAAAAAAUGAAUUGGAGGAAAUAAAAAUUAAAAAUAGUUUAAAAGCACAAUUUAGAGAACACGAUGGGAAAUUUUCAACAAAAAAAGAAGCUAAAGAUGAAUUAGCAAUGAGCGCAAAAGAGAAGGAAAUAUAUCAGAAUGAAAAAUUAAAGGAAGUCAAUAUGACUGAAGAAGAAAAAUUAAAAAGGAAAGAAGAAUCAGAAAAGGUGCGCAAAUUGAAGGAGGAGGUAAAAGACGAAGAAAAAAAUUUUGUGGAAAAAAAUUCGGAGCUUUUAAAACUCAAAAAUUUGCAAAACAUGGAUAAAGAUAAGUUUGGCUUGUUAUCUGUUUUUAAUUACAUGGUGAUGAUAAAAGAAUUUAAAAAGGAUGAGUGUUAUGAAGAAACAGUGAAGGAAUUUGAAUUUGAGAGACAACUGGGAGUUUUGGAGUAUGAAUAUGGUAAGAAUAUUUUUAAUAAAUAG